CGGAUUAUAUCAGAUCGGAUAGCCCAACAUAAAAUCUAAAAUAUAAAAGCAAAACAAAAGAAUAUAUACUUAUUUAUACAAAAUUAGAUAUUUAAGGUAUUUAUUUACAUUUUAAAUACUUAUUAUUAGAUAUUAUUUCAAAAUUAAUAUGAAUUGAAUAUUUGAAAUACAUACUUAUGACCCACGUAUAACAUUCGAUUUAUAAAUUAGCUCCGUAAAUAUAAUCUGGGGAGUUUGUAACUAAAGUCCCUGUUCGGAAACUCGCUAGGCGUUACACGUGCGCUCGGCUUACGCCUAGCGUUGAAUGAAGAAAUCGGGGAUUUUGCAGGAACUAAUCGGCGAUUUCUUUUGGUUAUAUAGUAUAUAGUUGUAAUGAAAUACAUCGAAGUUUACUUAGUGUAGUGGUUGAGAAUUCUUUUAAGCAGAAGAUAAACAUGGAUUCGAUUAUAGGAAAGAGCUAUAUUAUACGAUUUUUAAUGUUUAGGAUAAAUGAAGGGUAAUUCUGUCAUUUAUAUGUCAUCUUCUUUUUUACACUUUAGGUUUUCUGCAACUAUAAGCUCGACGGCUCUCCCAUUCUGACGAGUUAUAGAUUAAUUUUCUUCAUCUUCUUGCUCUUUUCAUGUAAACUUUAUAAAUCAUAUGUAGAUUUGUCGAUUCAAAGCCGAAAUGAGUAAUAACUUAAGAUUUUUCAGAGAUCCGAUAUUUCACCGAAAUGACGAAAUUCGCCACACUUUUCCGACUGAUUUGGUUUAAUGUUAAUUAUAGUACUAAAUAUACUAAAAAUAUUAAUAUUUGGGAUAAACCAAAACAAGUAAACAUAAUUUUAUACAUUUUACUUUUAAAAGAAUAGAAGAAACACAACUAACAAUAAAAUAAGUCAAUAUGAAUCUUAAGCACUAUCAUCAAAAACGAAAACCUACCUAGUAUAUUUAUAUUAUUUUCAAAGAUAAUAAUAUAAAAUUAUUAGAUUACAUUUUUUAGAUUUUUAUUGUGAUGAUUUUUUUUAUAUAAAUUAUAUUUUCGUAACCAAAUGAAAAAAAAAAACUAAAAACCAAUUCGGUUGAACUUAAAACUACAAACAAACCAAACAACCGAACCAAACUAAAGACAAACCAAACUAAACUAAUUUUGGAACCAACUUCGUAGAAGUAGCAGUGAAUAAUGCCUUGUUGAAUAAUUCAGCCAAAUUGUUAGUUGAAUGAACAUAUAUAAUACGAACAUCGCCGUUCUUCUGCAGUGUAUGUUAUGCUUUGAUCUUUUUUUAUUCUUUUUUUACGGUACAUGUUCACAAUUUUGACAAACAAAAUAAUGUUAUAUCAUAUAUGUUUUUCAUAUUUACGUUAAAUACAAAAUAAUAAUUAAAUAAUAAUAUCUACACUAAAUAAAAUAUCAAAUUCCAAUUUUUUUAUUAGAUUGAAUUUUAUUAAAAAUUAUUUUUGUUUUAUUAAAAAGUUAUUUCUGCAUUUUAAAAGAGCGGAUCAAAAUAUAGUAAUAUUUAUAAAAUUUUAUUGCUAUAUAUUAUACCAAAACAAUUACUAAAACAACUAAGAUGUUAGUUCAUUAAAUAUCUUAUCAGAGAAACAUAAUUAGAAAAACUCAAUUAAAACCUAGUUAUUUUAAAUACUAAAUUUCAUGUUCUUACAUGAAUCCGAAGUGUUAUUAAUUAAAUUUAAAAUGAGUUUAAAAAUUGAUUAAAACUCAAAGGGCAUGAACGGUGACCACGAAACGACGAGAAAUAAUGCAUUCUCUAACGUUUCUAAAAAAUAUCUCAAUUCACAAGGAAUAAUUUUUUUUUCAUUUUCUGCAAAUUUUUUUUUGCAGAGAAAUAAAAAAAGUUUAUUACUUAUUAAAUUUGAGAUGAACAACUAUUUCUUUUCACUUUUGCAAUUUUCUUUUUUUUAUAUAUUUUUUCCUAUUUAUUUCUCUUGUUUUCAAAAUGGUCACGAGGCGAAUCCAAAAAAUCUACUAACUCUUAUUAAAAAGCUUGAAGACUGAAUCAAAAAACCUAUAAUACGGCGGAUCGGAUCGGAUGGGGGAUACCCGAACACUCGUGCUUACUCUUAUUAUUACAAAACGUUCCUCAAGUGGGAAAGUGUCAUUUUGCAACGAAACUACAGCGUUUCAUAACGAAAGGUUGCCGAGAAAAGGGGUGGCUUAAAAGAAAAACCCCAUAAACCCUAAAACUUCAAUCGUUUCGCGAAAAUGCAGUUUCUUGCACGAUCACUAUCGAAAUCAACAAGACCCUUGUUGAAUUCAAGAGCUAGACAAUCAUGGGUUCUGUCUCAGCAAUGUCUCUCAACCUUCUCCGCGAAGAAAAGUAGUAGCCGUAAUAACGGAGGAAGCAUCACUGAGAAAUCAGUGUCGCCGGCCACGUGGCCAAAACCGACUGAGAUACCGUACCAACCCAAAAUCGCAAACUCUACCGAUCUGAUUGGGUACGUGAACCAACACGUCGAGUUCCACGCCAAGCCCGACGGAAGCUUCUGGGCAGGCACCGUCAUCACUCACGGACCUCCAUCUGGUUCCGGGUCGGAUCCAAACUCGGAUUCAGCUCAUAAAUUCUGGAUUCCAGUAAUAUUCGAAGGGGAUUUGGCUCAUACUGCCAACUGUCACUUGAAGAAAAACGAUCGGCUUCAUAUCACGGGACAGAUCUUUGUGGAUGCCAGUGAGAUAGCUGGAGCAAAGCCUGAUCAAGCUUAUGUUCAUAUAAUGGUUCGUGAUCUCCACUACAUUCAGGGUUCUAAAACCUUACCUAAAGUCUUGCCACCGUUGGAACAAAAAGAAAGUGUGCUUAAGCAUUCUGCUAGCCUUCUUAAGAAAACAGAUUCUCAAACUGAUGUUUGGUUCGAUCUUGUUGGUAAACCGGAUGAAUGGUGUGAUUACCGCGAAAGCAAACAGAACGGAUCGGUAAACCCAAGACACCCUGAUUUCAAGAAGAAAGACGGGACUGAAGCGCUUUGGCUUAACAAGGCUCCCAAUGAGAUAUUGUCUGAUCUUAAAGCCCUGAAGUUCCACGUUCCUGUCAGGUCAAAAUACGCUAAACAAGCAAAGGCCGGAGACGAAUCAUGGAAGGACUUGGUGGAAAACAUGAAUAAAUGGUGGGACAACAGGUUGAACAAGAGAAAUGAAAAAGCUCCGGAUUUUAAGCACAAAGAUACCGGUUUGGGUCUGUGGCUAAAUGAUUGUCCAAGCUGGGCGAUAGAAAGACUACCUCCUCCAAAGAGCAAAACAAGUGUCAGCUACUGAGAAGAAAAUAAGAACAAGAUAUGGUAUACUCCUAAGGACAUGUGGUCUACUCUUACGUUUUUGAUAGAUUUUGAAAGCAUUCUUUAAGUUGCGAGUGGAAACAAAUCUGCUGAAACAAUCAAUUCGAUUGCUGGGUUAGUUAAGACUUGGUGGAUAAACGAUCUUCGGGAAGUACAAUAGAAAUAGCUUUUGUGAAAUUA